UGAGAUUAUAGCAGACAAGAAGUAGGAAGGAGGUGGAUGCUCUUUCCAUUUCUUUACUGAAGGGGAAAAUCUUGGGAAUUCGUGAAAACCUCUGAUUCCAGGGAGGAUAACGCAUAGGGGAGAGUAUGUUUCCCAGACUUUCGAAGCCGUCUGUGGACAAUGGUGAGUAUUGGGAAGUGAAGCUCGGGCACCAUCAAUGGGGGGAGUUCUCUAUGGCGGCUAUUGAAUCUAAGGACGUAGUGGACGGACAUAGCCAGAUUGAGUCGGGGUCAAUGAGGUUGCAUCCAUCAGGCCAUAAUGGUACAUUUGUUGGACUCUACGACGGUCAUGAUGGACCUGAUGCUUCUGUAUUUAUAAAAGACCAUCUGUUUGAAAUUGUGAAAAGAUUAACGUCCCGUGUUGGAGAAAUGUCAUGUGGUGUUCUUGAUUUAUCAUUUUUGGCAUUAGAUCAACAGUAUCUUCAGUUAGUUAAGAAGCAUCGGGAAGCUUUGCCAACUUUAUUGUCUGCGCGGUCGUGCUGUUUGGUGGGUGUCGUGAUUGGAGGACGGGUAUACGUUGCAACUGCCGGAGAUUCUAGGGCGGUCUUAGGGCGACUGCCUAGGCCCAAAAGACGCGUCCCAUUGGUCCUGAAGCGAUUGGCUAGGAAAAAACGACAUGUCCAAGCCAUCACGUUAUCGACUGACCAAAACGCAAAUCUGCCAUCUGUCCAGCAGGAGGUAAAAACGCUGCAUCCGCGCGAUCACAGUAUCCUCCGAUACAAUGAUUACUCCUGGCGUGUCAGGGACCUCAUUCCGAUUACAAGAUCAAUCAGUGAUGCUUACCUGAAUAGCUCGGAGUUCAUCAGACGACCGAAUUUGCCAGAAAGAUCUAGGGUGGGACCACCGUUUAACAAGCCGUUCAUUUUGAAGGAACCGACCCUAGUCAACCAUGAACUUCUCCCUGGGGAUGAAUUCAUUAUAUUUGCUUCUCCUUGGCUAUGGAAACACCUUAGCAAUGAAGCAGCAGUUGAUAUGGUGAAAAAUUCGUCGCGAAAUGGAAUCGCAACAAAACUGAUAAAAAAAGCAUUGGAGAAAGGAGCAUGGAAUGAUCGUAGGUUGACACGUAAGGAGCUGAAGAAACUCAACAUUACAGAGAGGAGAUCGAUGCACGAUGACAUCUCGGUUGUAGUUCUCUUCCUGGAUCAUGAAUUGCUCAGAAGCGGAAAAUGCAACCAUCUCUCCGCAAUAUCUUAUGAAGCUAGCAGCAGCCAGCCCCGUACUGAUGGAGAUAGCAGCAGUAGUACCGAUGGAGAUAGCGGGAGACAGCCCCAGACAGGUGAAGGUAAAGGUAAAGCUAGCAUCAGCCAACUCGAUAAAGGUAAAGCUAUCGCCAACGAGCCCCAUACUGAUGGAGAUAGCAGCAGCAGUACCGAUGAAGCUAGAGGGAUCCAGCCCCGUGCUGGUAAAGGUGGCGGGAUCCAUAUUGGUUAAGCUAGCACCAGCCAGCCUUCUACCGCCAUCAGCAUGUCCAAAACCUGGCCCGGCUUCUCACGUAGACACGAGACUUGAGCUCAAGGUAGUCUGAAUGUUAGGAAAUCACUAUUGAAUUGUCAUCUCUCUGUCCUCAAACUUGAUAGAAUAGUACAUGUUAAUGAUUAUGCCAGAAAUAUGCAUAGCUGACUGGCAUAUGAAACAAAAGCAUUUGUUGAUAUAUUACUGUUCUAU